AUGUUGCCCAGCACCACCAGCUGGCAAGCGGCCUUGGCCGCUGCGCUUUUCGCCUUCGCACCUACAGUGGACGCCGCCGAGUCCUCCCAAACAUACGCCGACCACGCAUCUCAGGCGAUUCAGUCACUGAAUAGUGACUUUUACAACGUCAAGACAGGCAUCUGGGAUGACGCUUGGUGGAACAGCGCCAACGCUCUCACAACCCUCGCCGAUUUUGCAAAGCUGCGCCUCAACGACGCCAACAAGCUGAAUGUCGGCGGAUACAUCCGCAACACCUUUAACCAGGCGCAAAAGACCACCGUUCAGACAAGCAAGUCUCUUGCGAAAAACGGCAUGGUCUCGUCUGUGUAUUGUCUAGACUCGAGCAGCGGCUGCAUGGCCAAGCGCGAGUUCCUCGGCAAGCGCGGCUUCAAUGAUUUCGUCAACGAGUUCUACGACGACGAGGGCUGGUGGGCUCUGGCAUUGAUACACUCGUAUGACGUGACUGGGGAUCAGGAGUACCUGAAUGCAGCCGUCGACAUCUUCAACGACAUGAAGACGGGCGCAGGCACCCCGUGUGGUGGCGGCAUCUUCUGGAGUAAAGACCGCAAAUACGUCAACGCCAUCGCGAACGAGCUGUACCUCUCGGUGGCCGCCUCGCUCGCCAACCGGAUUUCCCAGGACAAAUCAUACCUCGACAUCGCAAAAUCCCAGUGGGAGUGGUUUGAGAAGAGCGGCAUGAUCAAUGACAAGAGCCUCAUCAACGACGGCCUCGAUGGCAACUGCAAGAACAAUGGUCUGCAGACUUGGUCGUACAACCAGGGUGUGAUUCUCGGCGGUCUAACCGAGCUUGCCAAGGCUACCAGAGACGUCUCAUACAUUGAAAAAGCGGUACCCAUCGCCAAGGCGGCGAUCAACGCGCUCCAAAACGACCAGGGCAUUCUCGUCGAGACAGACAAGUGUGAGUUGAGGUCAGGCAGCUGCGGCAAGGACGGCCAGCAGUUCAAGGGCGUCUUCAUCCGCAACCUCCGGUACCUUUACGAGGAGGCACCAGAUACAGACUUCUCGGACUUCAUCACCCGAAACGCCGACUCCAUUUGGGCCCAGGACCGGGACGGCAGCAAGCUGGGCGUGUCCUGGCCUGGGCCUUACACGGCUCACACUGGCCCGUCCCAGAGUAGCGCUCUUGACGCUCUCGUGGCGGCCAUCGCCGUCACUCAAUAA